GCGCCACGUGACCGGGACGCGCCGUUCUUCCGUCGGCCAUUUUAGGUGGUCCGCGGCGGCGCCAUUAAAGCGAGGAGGAGGCGAGAGCGGCCGCCGCUGCUUAUUCUUUUUUAGUGCGGCGGACGAGAGUGGGAGUGCGCGCCGCGCGAGAGUGGGAGGCAAGGGGGGCAGGCCGGGGAGAGGCGCAGGAGCCUUUGCAGCCACGCGCGCCUUCUCUGUCUUGUUGUGUGCUUCGCGCGGUAGAGCGGGCGCGCGGCAGCGGCGGGGAUUACUUUGCUGCUAGUUUCGGUUCGCGGCAGCGGCGGGUGUAGUCUCGGCGGCGGCGGAGGCAGUAGCACUAUGUCGGAGGAGCAGUUCGGCGGGGACGGGGCGGCGGCGGCGGCAGCAACAACGGCGGCGGUAGGCGGCUCGGCGGGCGAACAGGAGGGAGCCAUGGUGGUGGCGGCGCAGGGGGCAGCGGCGGCGGCGGGAAGCGGAGCCGGGACCGGGGGCGGAACCGCGGCCGGAGGCACCGAAGGAGGCAGCGCCGAGUCGGAGGGGGCGAAGAUCGAUGCCAGUAAGAACGAGGAGGAUGAAGGCCAUUCAAACUCCUCCCCACGACACUCUGAAGCAGCGACGGCACAGCGGGAAGAAUGGAAAAUGUUUAUAGGAGGCCUUAGCUGGGACACUACAAAGAAAGAUCUGAAGGACUACUUCUCCAAAUUUGGUGAAGUCGUAGACUGCACUCUGAAGUUAGAUCCUAUCACAGGGCGAUCAAGGGGUUUUGGCUUUGUGCUAUUUAAAGAGUCGGAGAGUGUAGAUAAGGUCAUGGAUCAGAAAGAACAUAAAUUGAAUGGGAAGGUGAUUGAUCCUAAGAGGGCCAAAGCCAUGAAAACAAAAGAGCCUGUUAAAAAAAUUUUUGUUGGUGGCCUUUCUCCAGAUACACCUGAAGAGAAAAUAAGGGAGUACUUUGGUGGUUUUGGUGAGGUUGAAUCCAUAGAGCUCCCCAUGGACAACAAGACCAAUAAGAGGCGUGGAUUCUGCUUUAUUACCUUUAAGGAAGAGGAACCAGUGAAGAAGAUAAUGGAAAAGAAAUACCACAAUGUUGGUCUUAGUAAAUGUGAAAUAAAAGUAGCUAUGUCGAAGGAACAGUAUCAGCAACAGCAACAGUGGGGAUCUAGAGGAGGAUUUGCGGGAAGAGCUCGUGGAAGAGGUGGUGGCCCCAGUCAAAACUGGAACCAGGGAUAUAGUAACUAUUGGAAUCAAGGCUAUGGCAACUAUGGAUAUAACAGCCAAGGUUACGGUGGUUAUGGAGGAUAUGACUACACUGGUUACAACAACUACUAUGGAUAUGGUGAUUAUAGCAACCAGCAGAGUGGUUAUGGGAAAGUAUCCAGGCGAGGUGGUCAUCAAAAUAGCUACAAACCAUACUAAAUUAUUCCAUUUGCAACUUAUCCCCAACAGGUGGUGAAGCAGUAUUUUCCAAAUUGAAGAUUCAUUUGAAGGUGGCUCCUGCCACCUGCUAAUAGCAGUUCAAACUAAAUUUUUUGUAUCAAGUCCCUGAAUGGAAGUUUGACGUUGGGUCCCUCUGAAGUUUAAUUCUGAGUUCUCAUUAAAAGAAAUUUGCUUUCAUUGUUUUAUUUCUUAA